UGUCUGAGACCAGAUUUGAACAUAGGAUCUCCCAUCUCUAAGCCUGGCUCUCAAUUCAUUGAGCCACUUAGCUUCCCCCUUUACCUUUCAUUAAAAAAAAAAGAAGAAGAAAUUUAUUGGUCUUUUUGAACAUCAUUUUAACUUCCCAAUGGCUUCUUCUCUCCUUAUGUCCCCAAAUAGAAACUUCUCUUGUAGCAAAUAAAUUCAGUCAAGCAACACACAUUACCAUAUUAGUGAAGUGUGACAUGUAUGCCUCAUUUGCUAGAAUCUAACAAAUUUAGAGCUAAAGGGACAUUGGAAGUCCCUUGGUCCAACCAAUAAUUUCACAUAUGAAGAAAUGGAGACAAAGCUAGGUUAGGUGGCUUGCCUGACAUCACAAAGGUAGAGAACCAGGAUUAGAAUCUAGUUCUCAUUUCAAAUCCAUCCUUUUCCCUGUACCAGACUACUUCCCAAAUUCUAUACUCAACAGUUUGGCACCUCUUUGCUGAGAAGUAGUAGAAACACUUCAUCAUCAUUCCUUUGAUGUUGUAACUGCAUGCUGAAUUCCAAAGUCUUUCAGUGCUAAGUUCCUUUACAUUAUUGUGGUCACUAUGGAAAUUGUCCAAGUUCUACUUACUGUGCCCUGCAUCAAUUCAUACAUGUCUUCCCAAGUUUCUCUGAAUUCUUCAUAUUUAUAAUUUCUUAAAGCACAACUAUGUUAAAUUGCAUUCAUAUGAUAUAAUUUAUUCUGCUAUUCCCCAAUUGAUGGGCAUCUACUUUGUUACCACUUCUCUGCUACUAUAAAAGGUGAUGAUAUAAAACUUUUUAAUAUAAACAAUUUUCCCUCUAUCUUCGACCUUCUUGAGGAAAUAUGGGAUGUAUAAAAUCAAAAAGGAAACACAGUUCAACUCAUGAUGGAAUAGAUUUGAAGACGCAACCAGUACGUAAUACUGACCGAACUAUUUAUGUGAGAGAUCCAACGUCCAAUAAACAGCAAAGGCCAGUACACAAUGUAGACUCUGAUCUUUUACCAGGACAAAGGUUUCAGAGCAAUGAUUCAGAAGAAGAAAUGGUAAUAGCCAUAUAUCCCUAUGAAGGCCUUCACCCUGAUGACUUAUCCUUCAAGAAAGGAGAAAAAAUGAAAGUCCUUGAAGAGUAUGGAGAAUGGUGGAAAGCCAAGUCUCUUUCAACCAAGAAAGAAGGCUACAUUCCCAGCAAUUAUGUAGCAAAACUCAACUCCCUAGAAACAGAAGAUUGGUUUUUUAAGGAUAUAACCCGGAAAGAUGCUGAAAGACAACUUCUGCUCCCAGGAAAUAGAGUAGGAGCAUAUCUUAUCCGAGAAAGUGAAACAUUAAAAGGAAGUUUCUCUCUAUCUGUUCGCGAUUAUGACCCACUGCAUGGUGAUGUUAUUAAGCACUACAAAAUUAGAAGUUUGGACAAUGGAGGUUAUUAUAUAUCUCCAAGAAUUACUUUUCCCACUAUCACUGACCUAAUUAAGCAUUACCAAAGGCAGCCCGAUGGUUUGUGCAGAAGGCUUGAUAAGGCAUGUAUUAGUACACAACCACAAAAGCCGUGGGACAAAGAUGCUUGGGAAAUUCCACGUGAAUCAAUUAAAUUAGUGAAGAAGCUUGGUGCGGGACAAUUUGGAGAAGUCUGGAUGGGCUACUAUAAUGGUAGUACCAAAGUGGCUGUGAAAACUCUGAAGCCAGGAACUAUGUCUGUGCAAUCAUUUAUAGAAGAAGCUAACCUUAUGAAAACACUUCAGCAUGAAAAGUUAGUGAGGCUCUAUGCUGUGGUUACCAAAGAAGAGCCCAUUUAUAUUGUAACCGAAUUCAUGGCAAAAGGGAGUUUGUUGGAUUUCCUGAAGAGUGGAGAAGGAACGAAACUGCUGCUUCCAAAGCUAAUUGAUUUUUCGGCACAGAUAGCAGAAGGAAUGGCCUUCCUUGAGAGGAAGAACUACAUCCAUCGAGACCUAAGAGCAGCUAAUGUUCUCGUCUCUGAGUCACUGAUAUGCAAGAUUGCUGAUUUUGGCCUUGCUCGAAUAAUUAGAGAUGAUGAAUAUAAAGCAAGGGAAGGUGCAAAAUUCCCUAUUAAGUGGACAGCUCCAGAGGCAAUAAACUUUGGAUCCUUUUCUAUUAAAUCAGAUGUAUGGUCCUUUGGAAUUCUCAUAUAUGAAAUUAUAACCUAUGGGAAAGUUCCCUAUCCAGGGAGAACUAAUGCUGAAGUGAUAAUGGCUCUGGGGAAAGGAUACAGGAUGCCACGCAUGGAUAGCUGUCCAAAUGAGCUCUAUGACAUCAUGAGCAUGUGCUGGAAAGAGAGAGCAGAAGAAAGGCCAACAUUUGAUUAUUUACAGAGUGUGCUGGAAGACUACUACACAGCAACAGAAGGACAAUAUCAACAACAGCCUUAGAACAAAGGAAUACUUUUUUCCCAAUUGGCAUAGACAGAUGCCACAUUAAACACACAUACACACAAACACACUCACACACACACACAAACUGGUUGCACAAGUUAUUUCAAUGUGCCUGGAUCAGCCACUGAGCCUGGUUCCUGAAAGUAAAGGCUGAAAUAACUCAGGAAGAAUCUGUAUACUUUACCCAGAAAGAGAUGCCCACUUCUUGACUGAUAGAACAGAAUGGAAAAGAAUAAAUGGGGGAUGACUGGCCCAGAGGAUAAACUACUCAUCUGCUGGUAACCUUAUCUGUCUAAGCCAACAUAUGAAUCCAAACUUAGAAGGAAAAGAAUAGAUCCAAUUAAAACAUGUAUGCUCUGACUGUAUUUCUAGGUGGAAAUGUGAUAAUUACUUUCAAAUGUGAUCCAUGUCAGCAAAUUGUGGCACAACUAUUUUCAGACCAAAUGUACUCUUUAUAAAGUCACCAUCAAUGAUUACACACUGCAGGAAUUCUUUGUCUCUUCCAUAGAUUUGUACUCACUCAAAAAAGAAAGGGAAAUGUCAUCAAACUAACUAUGAUAACGGUGAAAUCAGUGACUUAGAAAUACCUCCUCUCCUCCCUUAAAACCUAAUCCCAAAACACCAUUCUGCUGCAGGGACAGCUCAGCCACAGACUUUUCCUCAGUGGAAAGGGACCAAGAUUUUUCAUUUUUUAAAUGUCAGUGUUAUAUCCUAAGGAAGAGCUAUGUUUCAAUGACAAACCAUAAUUCCCAAUGUAUGAAAAUCGUCAAUAGCAUUUGAUUAUUUUGGGCAUUAGAAACAGCAGUAAGAUUAUGGUGUUCACAAGAACUUUUUGUACUGCAUUGUGGGGGAAAAAAAUGGAAAAACUUUUUCUUUAGCCACUUCCAGUGAUCAGAGAGACAUUUUUAUGCUGAAUUUUAACUGCAUUGUAGACUUUGCCUUAAUGGAUGAUUGAUUUGUUUUUAAUGAUUCAAACCUAUAAUGUCUAAGUAAUUGGAGAUUUGUAUGGGACUCUUUAUAGCUAGCAGUUGAGGCUCUAAGGAAUUACUAUGCUUACUGUCUGUGGUGUAAGGUGGGAAAAGACAUAUUUUUGGUUACUAAACUUUUCUAUUAUAAUAAGCAUUUAUUGAUUUUUCUAAAAGCCUCACCCUUGUAACAUUUCACUCAGAUUACCAUGUAAAUACCUAAUAUGUCUAUGUUUGAUUGUUUUUAUUUCAACAUGCACUGGUUUGAUGACAUUUUUUUUUAAUUCCCUUGUGUGUUGCCUCCUCAACUAGUGUCAACUUUUUUUUUUUUUAAGGACAGAUGGCAGGUGAAAAGACCAAUUGCAUUGAUUCCCUAGAGCAUUUGGAUAAAAAUGAAUAAUUUCCAAUUCUACUUAUGAACUUGAUAACUUCAGAAAUAAAGUAAAAAGGAAAUGGAUUACUUAGAGGCCUAAAUAUCUUUUCAUGAGUUCAAAAUACUCCAUUUCUUUUUUCCACAGAUUUCAAAAUAGAUUGCUGAACUCCAUUGUUAAAUUUUGGGGACUAAUGGGAAAGGGUAGUCAAUCAAUUUUUUUCUCUAUGCUUCCAUUCUUUCUCAGGGUUUUUAUAAAAUAUGUCCUAAGACAUUCUAUGGUUACCACCUCCAGAUGCCAUAUCUUCACAUAUUCCAUAUUCACAGGUAAAGUAUUAUAUUUAAGCAGCAUCUGCACAGCCAGUACCUUUUUCAUCUACUUGAUUGUGUCCAUAAAUACUGUUAUUUUCAUCUUAGCAUGAUUAUAUUUCUGCACAACAAUUUAGGGGUAGGAGAGAGUUCACAAUGUGAAGACAAUCCCAACUAAACCUCUAAAAGAGAAUCCGUGGCUUCCUGAUAUUUCUCUAUGGUCCCAUUAUCUUUCAACUUUUUUCGUUUAUUACUUCUUCUUUCAUUUUCUUAAGUCUUUUCCUAAAAACACAAGACCUGAUCAGUCAAGAAAUCUUUUCUUUUUCUCCAUUUUGUUUCCUUCUAUCUUGCCUAGAACUCUUCUGGCUGACCCAUAUGCUAGAGUAACAUUCUGCUUCCCAUGUGACAACCCAGUUUUCUUCCUCUUUAAAAACUCUUCCAGGCUUCUGGGAAUGUCAUCUUGAAUCAGAUACCUCAUGACUGACAGACAAAAUCAGGGAUUGAAGUAGAUGGUUGAGUGAUAUGUUGAUAUCUACACUGACUUAUUGAGAAUUUUUAUGUACACACAUCAUUAUUAUACACUGAGGAAUCUUUUGGUAACAUUCUUCUGCCUUAACAUUUGUCUUGUUGAGAGUCCUAGCUAAUGGACUAAGAUUUCUGACUUGCUCCAGAGAGGGUGGACACUUUAGGAUGGUGUGUUGAAUAAUAAAGGGUGAUCCUGCCCAAGUGAACAAAAUGAUGGCAUAACACGCAAGGGUGAAAACACAAGGUUUGACAGUUUCCUUUAGUCAGCUUUCUGAUAGUGACCCACUUCCCCAGGUAGUUCAGAAAUUUAGAAACUCCAAGGGUAUAACCAUCUUCUUCCCCAGAGCCAAAAAUAGAUUGGCACCCGUUCCAUGGCAAACACUACAACAGUAAUAGCAAUUUGGGAUGUUGUUGGUAUUCUAUUUUAAUAUUCCUGGAGUAAAUGAGCCCUAUCCUAACAAAGUAUAUCACUGAUGACAUAAUUGUAUUUGUAUUUUACAUGGUAAAGCAUAUCAUGGGCACCUAAUAAAAUGUUAACAAUUUUUAAACUUGUCCAAAA